AAGGACGGUCUGUGGGAAAAUAGGGUUGGGCACGGGGAGGCGGGGACGCAUGCGUCGACCCGGCAAAGGGCUGUUAUGUCGCACUCUGCCGUCAGUUCGGUCAGUCGUCGUGACAACCUCGUUGAUACCGUUUCUAUUCCUCGCUUCGCUUCGUUUAUAUUAAAGAGAGAGAAAGAGAGAGAGAGAGGAAAAAAAAAAGAAAGAGAAGAAGAAGAAAAAGAAGAAGAAGAAGAAGAAGAAGAAGAAGAAGAAAGAGAGAAAUAAAGAGAGACAGAAAUCGCCGCGAACUCGUCCUCGCGUUAUAUAUAGUUUUAUACGAGAAAAUCUUUGAAAAUCGAUAUCGAACUUCUCUUUCUCUCUCUCUCUCUCUCUCUCUCUCUCUCUCUCUCUCUCUCUCUCUCUCUCUUUCUAUCUCUCUCGCGCGCACGCACACGAGCUAGCCGGUAAUCAUCGACAAAACUAUGACGUGUCGUAGUGUUGCGAAGAAGUAAAGAAGGGCUCCUCCUUUUCUCUCUCUCUCUCUCUCUCUCUCUCUCUCUCUUUCUAUUUCUAUUUUUCCUCUCUCUCUUUUUUUCUCACUUUCGUAAAAAUAGGGAGAAAUUAAGAUUCUCCCAUCUUAUCUUCUCUUCUCUUUUAUCUUUCUCUCUUUAUUUCUCUCUCUCUCUCUCUCUCUCUCUCUCUCUCUCUCUCUCUCUCUCUCUCUCUCUUCUUUUCUCUACAUUGAAUUCGGUGAAAGAGAAUGAAGGGAAGCUUACUUCGCAACGUUCACGAAUGGCGAGUGUAAUUUGUGGGUUUUCCUCGUUUUGUGAGAUCCGGACAGGUGUGUGCUUCGUAACCCUUGGCGAUACUUUAUUGAAAGAAUCACGAUUCUAGUUAGACUCUUAUCCUACGUUGAAUUCCUGUUAUAUUUCUUUGAUGUAACCUUCGACACUCGAAUCCUUUACUUAUUGGAUAGCAAAAACGGAAUGAGCUUGCGAUCAUCCCGAGGGUGCCCGAGGAGUUAAGCGUUUCUACGAGAAGGAAAAGGGAUGAAGAUAAUUACGUAAAAUACAUUGAUUGUUCACUGGAUUAUUAUGCACGUAAAAAUAUAGUGACGUUCAACCGUAUGAUUUUCGCGAGUAAAUGAAAGAAGAAGGAAAACGGAAAAAUAAAAAAAAAAAUAAGAAGAAAGAAAUUUAAAAAAGAAUUAAAAGAAUUGAAACUAUUGAGUGCUAACGAAGAACAAAUACCAACGACAUGAGCUUGCAAAUUAGCCCACCUUGGCUUUAAUCGAACGCAUCCUCGCAGAUGCACAGACGAAACUCUUCGUCAUGGUGGAGGAGAACGCAGGGACGGGUGCUCGACUGGAUGGGGAGUUACAACGUGGAAGAGGAGAGAACGUAAUCUUACGUGGCGAAUCACGUGACGUUGUUCCUAGUACAUCGUCAUCGUCGACUACGGCAUUGAACAAUAACGGUGCCACGAGUAAUAGCAAUCUGGCUAGCGGUGGUAUAAUAAACAGUAACAACAAUGGAUCAUCCCCGGCAUCCAGUGGUAUCGGUAAUCCGAAUCACUGUCAAGAGGUCAACGAAUCCCAAGCACAAGCGCAGGAAGAUGGUAAAAGGCUCAGUGCUAAUAGCAGCCCAGUUGAAAAGAGAAGUUCGGCAAGCGACAAAUCGGUCAGUCCGAUCGAUAAGAAAAAUAGUCCGAUCGAUAGGAAAGAAAGAUCUAGUCCCAUAGAUCGAAAGGGUAGUCCCGUAGAAACACGAAAUAGUUCGCCGUGUCGAAGUCCAAGCGAAAAAACUCGAAGGUCAUAUGCAUUGAAUCGCGAUAAAACACGGCUCGGUGAGUCCGGAAGGAAUUUAGAUUCACGAUCUAGAAGUGCCAGUCCGGAUAGAGGUUCAUCGAACAGAACAUCCUUCUUACAUCGUGGUUGCAGCGAUCUAUCGGGCAUCGAAAGGCUUAGAAUUUCUACUAAUCCUGAUUCAUUGAGAUCCCGAAGAUUUUGUAGAGUUACGACAGAUCCGGAGACCGACGUACGUAAGGAUAUCGUUGAUAAUGACGUAAGAACGGAAGAAGACAAUGAACCACCCGAUCCAGCACCAGGAAGUAGACCAGCCUCGCCUGCAAAUUCUUUAGGUAUUUGCGACGAUAGCGUAGUCGGAGCAAGAUUAUCGAAUCUACAUGGUAGCGGAGGAAGUAGCGGAGGUUCCGUUGAAUUAGCUAGCGCGAGAAGGCUACGAUUGGAGAACGAACGAUUGGUCGCUGAGGUUGCGAGGUUAAGGAGGUUAUUACUUACCGGUGCGGCACGUGGCGAGGUUGGAGCCGAGGAUGCAGCAUUGGAGGAAGAGGCACGCUUUGUUGCCCUAGAAAUGGAAUUGCAACAUGCGAAGGAAGCCUUGCAUGCACUGAAAGCCGAUCGUAAACGAUUGAAGGCCGAAAAGUUCGAUCUGCUCAAUCAGAUGAAAGCAUUGUACGGUACCCUUGAAGAUAAGGAACGAGAGCUACGUGAUUUUAUACGUAAUUACGAACAGCGUAUGCGAGAGAACGAGGCUACGUUGGGUCGUUUUCAACAACAGGAAGGCGGUAUCUCCUCGGAGGAGCGCGAAAGAGAACGAGAAAGAGAACGUUGGAGCCUUUUAAGAGCAGCGAGAGACGAGGCGGAUAGAAGCUUAAGCCUUGCAGCAAGUCUCGCUGACAAAGAAGUUGCCCUAUCGCACGCACGUGCUACUAUAAAAGAGCUUCAACGUCAAUUAAUGGAAAGAGGCGGUGGCGGUGGCGGUGGCAGUGGCAGUGGUGGCGGUGUUGGCGGUGGUGGUGCCUGUUUGAGCGAUCAGGAAUCUUUGGUGUCCUUCCCACGUGGCACUGUAAAUGGCGUGGCAACUCCAGGUGCUGGAAGUAACAGUGGCGGUGGUGUUAGUGGUAUCAUCCCUCAUAUCAAUUCUCAACCACCCUUAGGGACAAUGGAAUUGGGAAUGGCCAGUAAUAUGAGUGGUGGUGGUACAGGUGCAAUAUCCUCGGGUGGACAAGCCGGAGAUCGUGGUAGCUGUAGUGCCGAUAGUGGUGUUCGUGGAUCUAGCGAUAGAGAAAGUGGUGGUGCAACGAGCAUCGGUGGAAAUCUAUCGGACUCGACGACCGACGGAACACCGACAAUUACGAUCGAAGGAAGCGGUCCCGACAUGGACAACAUCUCUAUGGUAUCCUCCGUAGCACCUCCCCACAUGUAUCAGUCAGCGACGACACCAAAGGAUUGUAGUCCCACGCUGUCACCAUUGAAUGCAUUUUCAAGAUCUACAGACAACACUUCGUUAUCACGAUCGGUGGAACAAUUGUCGAGUCCUUUAGAACCAGAACCAAGAAGAAGCAAACAAGCGCCAACUGUAACAGCGCCUUCAACACAUUCACGCUCUUCCGCUACUCGGGGUGGUACAUGGGGUUCCAUAUCAAGGGUUUUCGCACGUUCACGAAAUCGAAAAAGUGCUAACACUUCUACCAGCGGAAGUGGGGCUAAUGAAUCAUCAGAGGGAUUCGAUCCUUAUAGAUCAUGGUCACCUCUUACCGAGGAAGGUUAUGCCGAGAAGCUUCGUUUGUUGAGGGAAGCAGCAUCGGUACCAAUGGAACGAUGGAGAGCACCAACUGUUUUAGCAUGGCUCGAAGUAGCUCUUGGUAUGCCACAGUAUGGUCCAAGAUGUGCAGAAAAUAUCAAAUCCGGCAAGGUACUUCUUGAACUGAGCGACGCCGAGUUGGAAGCUGGUUUAGGGGUGACUCAUCCUCUUCAUAGAAAAAAGUUGCGGUUAGCUAUCGAAGAACAUCGACAUCCUAAUCUGGUUAGAUAUCCAUGCAUAGCUCAGCUCGGUCACACUUGGGUUAGCUCCGAGUGGUUACCCGAUCUUGGAUUAGCACAAUACUCGGAAAGCUUUGCUACCAAUAUGGUCGACGCACGUAUGCUCGAUCAUUUGAAUAAAAAGGAAUUGGAAAAAUUACUAGGCGUAUCGAGGAAAUUUCAUCAAGCUAGUAUAGUACACGGGAUACAUUUAUUACGAAUGUUGAAUUACGAUCGUCAGGCACUCGCCGUAAGAAGACAUCAAUGUGAUCAAGUUGAUACGGAUCCUUUGGUAUGGACCAAUCAAAGGUUCAUACGAUGGGCUAGAAACAUUGAUUUAACCGAAUACGCAGAAAAUUUAAAAGAUUCUGGAGUACAUGGUGCACUCGUUGUAUUGGAACCAUCCUUCACCGGUGAUACAAUGGCUACCGCUUUGGGUAUACCACCAGCGAAGCACAUGAUCAGACGACAUCUAACAGCCGAACUUGAAGCCCUCGUUUUACCUACAAGAAGUCAACUGGAGGUCGUCCCGAAGGGCAGCACUGUCAGAGGUCGUCAAAUGAGUACCAUGAGCGCCGGUGGUAGUCUAAAUCGUGGAAGCAGGACUCUACAUCAGCACCAUCAGACCUCACUAUCGGCUCUACAUAUGACGGCAAAUCAUGUUGGAACUGUUGAUAGACGGAGAUCCAGUCUCAGGGGUUCCUUGAGCCGUGCAUUUGGUCUACGUCCGAGAAGCGAAAAGGCAUCGCCGUCCUCGUCGUCGGAUACAGGAAGUCUUGCCAGUCAAUGUCAAUACAUUAAUAGCGUACGAAGUAAUUCACCGGCACCUGAGAUCACCGUUGGAAAGAAGCAUCGUCGUGUUAAAAGUAUCGGUGACAUCGAAUAUAUAACAAGCGUGGCGGUAAAUACGCCGGUCUGACAAGAGGAUAGGCUCCAUCAUUCGGGGCCUUAUAGAAGUUUAAGCGAACGCGGUUAUUCAUCGUCAUAUUCAUCGUCCCAGUGUAGCUCAUUCUCAGGUUACAGCAACGUAUUGGCGGACGAUCAAUAUCAAUGCGAGCAAUCAACCGGGAAUUAUUAUCAAUUACAAAGCAGCUCGUAUUCACCGCAAAGCUUGGGCCAACCAUUUCCCGGUGUACAAAGGUACGGCAGCCUGGCCGAAGAAACAUGGCAAUCAACCACGAAGGAGGAAACGAAUGCGCAGAAGAAGAAAAAUCAACGAACUUAUCUGGUGGAGCAGUAAAGUUAUUCGUAAUUGUUUUUUUCUUUCUUUUUUUUUUCUCUCUCCUCUACUUUUCUUUUUUUUUUCUUUUUUUCUUCUUUUUUUUUUUCUUUCUUCUUUUUUUCGAAUAAUCAUCCCUACGACCCUCGUAUCGUC